AUGACAUCCACCACAAGCUCGCAGCCACCACGGCGAUCAUAUGUCUCCCUCUUCCACACCGCCUCCGUCGCCGUACCCUCAUCCAGAAAGAAGAAAGAGCAACCCCAGCCGACGAAGGAAGAUGAUGGGCCGAAAAACACGAAGGACACCACGAAGAAGCCCUACAGGCUAUUCGAACUGCCGGCGGAGCUGCGCCACACCAUCUACGAAUUGGCGCUCACGGAUGAAACGCGUGUUCAUCUCGUGUACUGGCCCGCGCACCUCCUGCGCACUGACCCCUUCAUGACAGCCAAACCGGGUCCAGAGGCAGACCGGGCCAGGGAGGUCUUCAGCUCGGUUCACCCUUUGACCCAAGUCAACAAACAGAUCCGCUCGGAAGCCCUGUCGAUGGCGACCAUGAUGGCUCCAGUCCUCAAAGUCACCAUUCGCGACUUCGACUUCACCCGCCUCAUGUUCUUUUUCGAUCACUUCCGACUCGAAGAUCUCCAGAUGUUCCGUCCACACGAGGAUCCCUGGCCACGAUUGACCGUGAAGUUGAUUUCAGCAACAGCAUUUCUAGAUCAUGAGAACGACUCAAACACCCUCGCCAUCUUCACCUCUCGUGUCCGCAACGCCAAGAUGAACACGCCACACCAACACACCACCGCCUCCGAGGACAGUAAGGAGUGUCUCCUGCUCAAGUUGCCCGCCGAGCUACGUAACACCAUCUAUCGGAUGGCUAUCGGUGCUAAUCGGACUGUCCGCCUUCUCCAGAGGCCACAAAAAGUCCAGCAGAAGCAAAACCCAAAGCCAGGUCCUCUCCUCACGAAUCUCACCACAUUCUGUGCUCUGGCACAAGUCAACAGACAGAUCCGUUCCGAGCACAAGGAGAUGUUCACGAACAAGAAGGAGGGCGGAACGCCAAGAUUCGUCGUCGAACUAGUAUUCAGUUUUGAAUACAACGACAAGGACCGCGAAGACCAUCCCGGCUUCGAUGCGUGGUUCACGCGACCGCAUGGCGUCAGCCGUGCGUCUCAGGUCCUCUUCGACUACGCCCCAAUGCAGCAUCCUAAAUUCAGGAUGGUGUAUGGAAAUGUCGACGCAUACGAGAAGAGCGGCAUCAGAAACGUCCAUGAUUUCCGUCUACUGACUUCGAGGCUUGCUCUGGCUAGAAGUCGUCUUUGA